AAAAGACAAUCCGAUAUCAACGAGUUGAAGAUAAUUCUAGACGAAAUCAGUAUGUUCCUCACGAGUGGGAAAGAUCCACAACCAAAUUGGUGGCGGCAAAAGAAGGCGAAUACAAACAGUGAAGAGGAUAAUAGUCCUUCGUCGAUUAUUGUCAUUAACACUGACAAUACCACAACGAAUAACACCACGACGGCAAUAACAAAAAAAGUAGAGAAUUUCCACAACACACCUAGAAGUCAUUCAAAAUCACCACAUCCACUCGUGAAGAAGAAUACUUCACAGACAACAAUGAGGAUUCCUGCUAAUUAUAUUGGGAAGACACAUAAUAAGAGUACGAUUUCACUAGAUGAUGAGAAAAUCACCCAACUCCCGUCUACACUAAUGUUAUCAGCGCCUAGUUCUACUGCUUCGUUGAAACAACAAAUCACUGUCCCUGAGAAAAAGAGGAAACCUACUGGAAACAAUAAAAAUCAUUAUAAGACUAUG